GGGAAUAUUUUGAAAAUAUGGGCGUAUGCAGGCCCUGAUUCAGUUAGGUUGGUGUGUCAAGCUCACCGAACCUCGCAACAGGCUGGUUCAGGUUGAGCCUUUUACUCGACACACUAUUAAGUGGUUCUCUUCAAAGCUCCAUGAAGCAAGACGCACGGGGAAACCCGCCUGCUGUAACGAGGACCGCUGCGGCCGACAUGUCGGACCUCGCGGUGGUUGGGUUUGAGUCCUACGUUAACGUUGAGCUCGACGUGGAAACGAACGACGAGGUUUCUGAAGCGGCACAUCACGUCUGCGCUUCAAGCCAAGCUCAGCUUCCGAAUGAAGACGAGAGUGCUGCUGCUGCUGAUGAGGAGGAGGAGGAGGAGGAGGAGGAUGAUGACGACAGUGGCACAGACCAUUUUAACACUGAAAAGUCAGGGACUCAGCUGCAGAGAUGUGAGCGCCAGGGAGAAGUGAAUUCAAGUCUUCCUGACACCUUCCAGACCAGCCACCUGCUGUUUUAUGAGAGGUUCAAAGCGUACCAGGACUACAUGCUCGGAGACUGUAAGCCGUCCGAGGUAAAAGCCUUCGCAGCAGACUACCUGGAGAAGGUGAUGGAGCCCUGUGAUUGGUUGGCUCUGUGGUCUACUGAUGUCUUUGAUGUCCUGGUGGAGGUGUGUGAUCUGGACUUGAAAGAUCUGAAGGCGUGUGUGAGGCUGGUGCUGCCUCUGCAGUGUGACACCAGAGGCUGUGAGCUCACCGAGGAGGCCAUGAAGUCCCUGCUGGAGGCCACGCAGCACAGACUCCCUCUGCAGGAGCUCCUCGUGGUCUACGAGCAGUCUGGGGACUUUGAUCUAACCGCCCUCGCUCUCGAGCACCUCAGGUUUUUAUAUACCCAUAUCUGGAGGCAGUGGGACGAGGAAGAUGAAGAUGAUGACUUUGACUACUUUGUUCGUUGUGUGGAGCCUCGUCUCAGACUCUACUACGACAUCUUAGAAGACAGAGUCCCAUUAGGCUUGGUGGCCGAGUACCGGUCCUUACUGGAAAAGUGCUCCCAGUGCUUCCAGCAGUUCUCUGCUCUGCGCAGAGGCCUCAGCACUGACUCCGACACUGAGCUGGACAACGUGUCUAUGGUGGAGGGCCUGAAGCUCUACGACCAGCUGGAGACCUUCAAACGCAAGCUGCACAUCAUCGAGAACCCCCUGUUGAGGUACGUGCUGGGCUACAGAGGUAAUGCCAGUCAGCAGAGUGUGCAGAGCCGUGGGCCCAGAGCAUCGGGUAUGAAGGUGGUCCAUGUGGUCACAGCCUCCUGCAGCACCAUCCAGCUCCAGUCCCUCCUCAGUGACAGACUGCUGCCUCUGUGUUCCUCUGAGGACACUGAGAUUCAGUUUUACAGAGACCCAGUGUCAGCGGUGGAAAUGUGCCAUCAAGGUGACGUGGUCCUUGUUCUCCCAGGAAUCUACAGUGUGAGCAGCUCCAUCUUCCUACCAGACUCCAUCACUAUAGAAGGCUUCGGGCUCCCUGAUGAGGUGGUUAUUGAGAAGAAAAACAAGGGCGACUCAUUUGUGGAGUCCACGGGAGCCGAUGUCAGACUGUCCAACAUCAAGUUCAUCCAACACGACGCUAUCGAGGGCAUUCUGUGUGUGCGUCAGGGGACUCUGCACAUGGAGAACUGUGUGCUGCAGUGUGAGACCACGGGCGUGAUCGUCCGCACAGCCGCGCGCCUCACCAUGAACAUGUGUGACCUGUACGGCUCCAAGGGGGCUGGUGUGGAAAUUUACCCCGGCAGUAUUUGCAGCCUGGUGGGUAACGGGAUCCACCACUGUAAGGACGGGAUCCUCAUCAAGGACUUUGCUGAUGAGCUUGAUGUGAUGCCGUCAAUCACCAUGGAGAACAAUGUGAUCCACAACAACGAAGGCUACGGGGUGAUUCUAGUGAAAUCCAACAACGGGGAGCAGCCUGGAGUUCCCCUGGACCGAAGUGAUGGCCCUGCUGGACCGACGGCUGAGGACAAACAGCAGGGAGGUGUUGCUGAUCCACCAAACAGUUCAGCAGGCGUCCAGCCUGAGUCGGCAGAGAACAGCAGCAGCACGGACUGUGACGUAGCCGCCGCCUCAGGCAGGAAGUGGCACUUUAUUCGCCAGCUGAGCAGAAACAAGGAGACGUCGUGCAGCCGAGCUGUCCAGGACCUGAUGGACCACCAGAUCUUUGUCUCCAUUCAAGGGAACCAGUUCAGACGCAACGGCAUGGGCGACCUCGGCACCUUCUUCUACUGACCGACAACGCACUCAGAGCUGUGGCCUGUCUUUUAACAUCCUUCCAUAGUUUAUUAUAUGAGCGCUGUUUUCUUAGAUGAUUUCUUUUGUUUAUCAUGAGUACAUAUUGCUGUUUCACAGCAGAGACGGUGGUGAUGUUCCUGUGUAGGAAGGGUGUGUUUUUCUGAAGACCUCUGGGUUUGCACAAAUGCUUUUAUCUUAUUUAUUCCUUUGGGCUCCCGAUGCUAAAUAUUUUUAAAAAAAACAUUUUUUUACUGGAUUAUUUGUUUGAAAUCCACUCGUCACUUUGAAAGCGAUUUUGAUGUUUCCACUUUUAGAUCUAAUGCAUGUAUCCUUUAAGGUGGUGGCUUGUUUGAAAGCGGUGCACAGUUGAUGAGUUCACACUAAGAUGUAUCUCCUUUUUUGUUUUUCAUGAGAUUGUCACAUGGUGCCUCUGUUUUUAAAAGUUUGCUUUAUAUUCUGGUCGAGGGAGGUCUUCAGGCUCUGACGGUAGAAGCCCAGUGGAAAUGGAAGGUUUUAGAUUGACUGAUACUUGUGGCAAUAGUAAAUGUAAUGAACGUCCUGCAGAUUAAAAGGUGUCUGUUGAAACCUCUA